AUGACCUCGCGGCCCCCAUUGGCCGUUCAGCAGCGGCAGCCCCAGCAGCGCUCCUUAUCCAGCUCGGGGUUGUCGCAAAGACCACCGCAUCAGCGCACCCUCUCCCAGCAGUACCUCCCGCCCUCGCCCGUACGCAAGUCGGAGACCUUCAACGCCAACGAUGACCUCGGCCCCUAUGGCGCCGCGCCCAGGAGGGGCGGCUCCAAGCUCAAGCUGGAGCUGGCCAACGAUGGCAUCACCCACGCCGGUUUCUCCGAGUCCCCCCAGACUCUGGAUCCCCUAUCGGCCAACAAGCCAUUCACGCCCUCGCGCGUCAUGCCUCUAGGCGAAGCCUCCCCGCUCGCCGAUAUGAGCGCCCCUGCCUCGCGAUGCCAGACCGCCGACAACGACUCUAUACCUCUGCCCAUGCCGCCAAGGCGCCCGCGCUUUGCCGUGCCCCUCUCCCGCCCGACCCCGACAGCCCCGCCCGCCGUCGUCAAGAAAGAUGUGAAGCCGAAGCCCUUCGUCCUCGAGCCUCCCGCGGACGCCCCUCGGUACUCCAGUAUGGGGAAAGGAGAGCCCGCCGCCUACGCCGACUUCCGUCCUUGGACUGGCAACGGGCCCGAAGACCGCCUGAACGAGAGCGUCAUCCGCAGUGGCUACUACGACAAGGCGCCGGCGCAGGUCCAGUCGGAGCAGACUUCAGCCAAAGCCACCUUGUUCCCUGCGCUCAAGCACAAGAGCGGGCUGCAUACGCUCUCAACCCUGUUCACCGGCAUCUUGAAUCAGAGAAGGCACAGCGGACAGGUCACUUCGGCCUCGACCUUUAAGCCGCCGCCCCGAGUCACCCUGACGGAUACAAAAAGGGAGGUCUGGCUCAGGGAUCUGGCCAACCCUGCGAUAUCCCUGCGCCGCCUUAGUAGGACCAUCCCCCACGGCAUUCGAGGAAGGGUUCUGUUGGAUCAGUGUCUGAACAAGAACGUACCCACCGACCGCGCUGUCUGGUUAGCCAAGUGUGUGGGCGCCAACGAGAUCCGAGCUUUCAAGAGAAAGGGCCUCAACGGUACCUUUGCGAUGGGCGGCGAGAUCAAGUGGAUCAGAGACUGGACCAUCCACAUCGAACAGUUUGUGGAAGGCGUCGUCAGUGCCUUCAAUGAGAACGAGUGGAAGGCCAAAGUGACAUAUGCCGUCCGUCUGGCAACCCACUUAUAUUGCGAAUACCUCCUGGAGAGAGAUCACUACACGGAGUGGCUGAUUUCGGGUUUGGAGAACAGCAACCAAGCGAGGUUACCCAUGUGGCUCCUCAUGGUUCGAAUCUACUGGAAGGACUUGGUUCGGUCCAGGAAGACGGGCCGGCGGCUCGCCACCGCAGUUUUGAGCCAUCACGCUGCUAUAUACCAGCAUCCCGACCGCGACAUCCUCCUACCCCUGUCUAACCAAUUACAGAUCCUUUUGGACUCUCUACUCUUGGCUAGCCCAGAGAGCUUUGUGCAUCCUCCGACCUGGUCUAGAUACCGUAGUAUCAUUUUGGCCGCCUUACCCAAUGACCGCGAAGCUCACAGACUCGCCAUUGAGGCAAUAGAUGCUCGCAACGAGAGACUUGUGAGCACACACAUCAAAUCGCGACCUGCGGUUCGCAGCACAGUCGUCAAAAUGCUUGACACGACUUUACGGAAGCCUUACGUUGAAGACCUCGCUAUACACCUAUGGAAAACUAGUGACGAUAAGACGAGUCUGAUCAUGACUGUCCUUGAAUGGUGCAUGUCGCUAUACCGUCAAGGCAUCGCCAAGGUGUAUGUCACAGCCAGGAUCCUCAGCUCGUGGUCGGCACUUGACGUUGAUAUUACCGGGACGAUCCUGGACUUCUUGGACAAGGACCCGCUCCAUGAACUAGAUCGGAAACAUCUGGUUUACCACCUCGUAUCAGAACUAGUUCGGUCCGGCCGCUUCUCGAUUCCUCAGUACCUCCAGUGGCUGAUUGCCCGAGGAGGAUUGGUCGAUCCUGCCGAGACAGAACCGGAGGGGCCGUGCCUGACUAGGCUCCUAGUCGAAGUUCCAACACAUAACCUCAAAGAGUCGAUACGGUGCCUCCGUUCGACCAUAUUACGCAAAGGUGCAUUCUCUACAGAGCUUGAAGCAGAAGACAUUGCCAACGCGGUCCGAUGCAUACAGCAAACAUUGGGUGUUGCCCAGGAGGCGGACGGUGUUGGCCUUCCAAGGAAGCCCCUGAGCAUCAAGAAACUGGUCAAGCGUAUCAAACUGAGUAGUCGGGCAUAUCAAUCAGAGAUCGGCGAUUGGUUAUGUAAUCAGUUCGUGGCCACUUACACCGAGAAUAUGCGGUCGGAAAAGGGCGGCGUUGAGUUAUCCAGCUCCCAAUUUGACUCUGUACGGACGCUGCUGGAAGCGGCUCAAGACUUCACAAUGCUGGAGGGAGUCUUGAAGGCCCUUGUCGGUUGUUCGAAUCCGGAGCUCCUGGCCUCUUGUGCUGACACAGUCAACCUGCACCUCCAUGUCUUCGCCGCGACCGGUUCAGCGAAGCCCCUGUUCAGCGCACUGUUGGAACGCCUCAAGGCUAUCAGUGAACUUCAAGGCAUUGGAGCUCGUCCGCUGCUAGCGUCUCUCUCACGACUCGCGCCACGGAUGCCCGGUUUGGACUUCAUGGCUGCCCGUCUACAGAACGACCUCAUCAAAACGGACCGCAGCAGUGCUGUCGACGCAUCUUCGCCACUGUCCGACAAUAUGGCAAUGCAGCUGCAGGAUGACGAAACAGAGCUCAACGAACAAAUCGAGAAGCUUGCCAGCUACACAAGUGCCGACAGACCGACGAUGGAGCGCCUUUUCGAAGCCAUCAUCGGCCGACUGCAAAUCUGCUGGGGCAAGGCGGAUGAGCGGCAGCGUCCGUACUGCGUAUUGCUGACUAGACUUCGGGUUUUUGAUACUCAGCACUUCGAUAACCUGAUGAAGGCCUGGGUACAAAGUGUCCGGAGACUGGCAAACCGGCCGCCGAUAUCUCACAUAUUCCCCUUACUCAUCAGCUCAGGGUGCCUGUCGCUACUACUUCUCUUCGCCACCGCGGGUAGAAACGGUGCACAGCAAAGCCCGCUUGCGGGAUCCGCCUCAAUUUACCUGCAAGAGGUCUUGCAGAUGUUGAUGAUGGGGUUGGUGCCAAAUCAGUUCAUGACGCCGGAAGACUGCUAUCGUUUCCGUCUGAUCCAGGACCAGGCGAAAGUUGACCACGCAAAAGAACUCAUGCUCCUGAUCAGAGGUGUGCUCGCCGAGUACUCGACGUCGAAAAGCUUGCAGCCGCCCAUGACGCAGCCACUUGACGACAAUCACACACGGGUCCAGUUCCUCGAACUUUUGCGUAAUUUAAUACUCGUCGAUCCUCAAGCUGCCAGUCAAACUCUGUCACUCAAGAGCCCAGAUCCCAAACUUUGCUCUUUGAUUGAAAACAUUACGACGAAUUUACUAGUCCCCGAGGGAGGCGGGGGACAAAAGACGUUCGAGCAAGUGUUGGAGCUCGCGAACGAGUUUACUCUACCAUUUUGCCAAGUAAAGCUGUCUAUGAAUCUGGCAAUGGACGAUUGCAAUAGCCCCGAGGGUACGGAACGGCUCCAGUCUCAGCUAGCCCUGCUCUCCAAAGCAUUGGACAACGCUAUCGACGCCAACAAUAUCAUGUGGACUGGGAUGCUCCCCUCAUUGAGCCCCGAGAUCACACAGCACAUGAAAAGUCGCGCAGAGGCCCGGUUUCUGGAAAUCUUGCCUUCACUGAAGAAUUCCGUGAGCUCCGAGGAUGGCGUCGGCAAAGAAACAAGUGUGGCCGAGAACCUGCUGGCGGUGAUUGACAUGAUCAUUCGUGGCGUGCCAACCUCAAAGCCUGUACAGAUCUCCAACGGGAUGGUGGAUAAAUUGGUGGAUCUUUGGGAGGUUCUCUCGUCUGCGAGCCCGGAAGCCAGCUUGCUGAGAGACACUCUCCUCUCGCACUGGCUACCUUUGCUCCUGUCGUAUUUAACGCUGCACGCCACGCCGCUUCCAAAUCCGACCGAAUCUUCCCGGCCGAUUCAUGAAACCCGUGCUCGGGCAGUUCUCGUACUUGCCGGCCUCGUCCAAGAACUGGACAAAUUCCCCUCAUCCGCCCUAUCGCAACGUGCCUUCGACCUUGCCUUGCUCCUUGCCGACGGCCUCUCUGACGACACACGCCUGCAGUGCGUGCGUGCGGUCAAGGACGUCACUGCGGACCCUCGAUUGCGAUAUCUCUUCAGCUUCGCGCCAAAUCCAGCCGAGCAACUGAUGCUUGCUCAUCGCGAGAAACCCCCGCCGAACAUGGGCAUCAAUGAGCGCCGCGCCAUGGCCUUUGGCUUGGGCAUGGGUAUGCUCCCCGAGCGGCUGAGCCCGUUUGCUAUAAGAAGAUGGGAGCUCCUUAGUGAGCCGACCCCGAAUGUUGGCGAGAACGACACUGCCUUGAGUUUGCAUCUUUUCGAAGCGCGGAAAGUCCAGUGA